AUGGCGAAUCGGCGAAGUACCAUCUCCAUUUCACUUUUCGUCUGCUUCGCUUUCAGCUUCCUCCUCUCGUCCACUCGCUCAUUUCCACAUGUUUUAGACAGCGCUACACAUACAAGCGAUUCCGCUUCAAACGAGGAUGUCCGAUCGCUAGAAUUCGCAGUAGCCGCCGCAGCCUAUGCGGAAGCUGCGGAAGGCCGCGCAGAAUUCGAAGUUGCAAUGAAGGUUCUUGCGGCGACAAGACUCCGCGCGGAGGCACUGCGGGCGGAUCUCUCCGCUGCGCGCCACCAGGCGGAGGUAGCGAAGCGCGAGCGCGCAGCCGUACACGUGGAUGCCGCACGUAUGGCGGAACGCGCAAGCAACCGCUCCGCGGACCUGAAGCGCGCGGAAGAAUUCUUGGCGCAAGCUGUUGCGUUCGCGGCGGAAAAGCGGCGCGCGGUGGAUGAAGCUGCGGCUGCGGUUGGAGAAGCAGCGAGAGCGGCGGGAACUACAAGAUCGGUUGAGGCGAAGCUGGCGCUCUGGUGGGCGGAAAACGAGCGCGCGGAGUUGGCGCAAGUGGUGGCGGUGGCGGAGAAGCUGGCGGAGGCGGCGAAGCAGGGCGCGGAUGAAAUUCGGGAAGUGUACGCGCGCGCGGAGAAUCAGCGGAAGAUUGCUGCAGCGGAACUCGAUUCCGAGCAGCUUCACGCGGAAAAACUGGAAUCUGCUGUAGCGCGUAUGGAGGAGGAGCACAGACAGGGUGUGAUUGCGCUGAAGGCCGCUGAAGCGAAGGUGACGGAAUUGAAGGCUCUGGCCGAGGGGAGAGUCGCGAGGACGAUAACGAUCCGAGUCGCGUAUGAAGAAGGCGGUACGGGGAACAGCCGAGUUGGAACGACAGCCACAAUUUGA